UGUUAUUUUCCCCAACACAACAUCCCUGUGAGGUGGGGCUGAGAAAGUGACUGACUUAAAAUCACCCAUCUAGUUUCAUGCUUAAGGUGGGACUAGUAGAGGGAAGCCCCCUUGACCCAGGUCAGGACACUUCCCUGGUUAAUGACUAACCUGCCUUAAUCCUGGCUUAAUCUAUUGAGUUAAGUAAGAGAAGAGGGAUGGAUCCAGGCCAGGCUUUCGGCGGUUUCAAACUAAAGAGGUUUUUUAGCCUUAAGAACUGCCGUCUAAUUCCUGGCUUCCCCAGGACUGAAACAGGAAGACCUUUGGGAGCAAGAAACGAUUUGCCGAAGCCACUGGCGUCUCUGGCGGGAUUUCACAUCCAGCAUUCCGCGCCUGGGAGCCUCUUGCCCGCUUUUCUAAGAAUUUCCCUUUGGGCGAAAGUUGUUUGACGCGAGGCAACGCCCUCCACCGCAGCCCCGUCUCCGCCCGGCCUCUCCUCACUUGGGGGUCCCUGGGAGGGCCCGACACCCGCUCGGUGGAUGGGGGGGGCGGCCCCCGUCCUGGCCCCCAAGGAAGCGGCCGCAGAUGCGGGGAGGCUCCGCUGAGGCUGCGGGCCGGCCAUUCCGCCACUGGGCUGUAGGGGGCGCCCGGGACGCCCGCGGCUCCUCCCCGGCCCAGCCCAGCCCACCAGACAGACGAGGAGGCUGCUCCAGGUGCCCUCGGCUCACGGCGCCGCGCAGACUGAUAGAAAGCAGCUGGGACUCCCCUGGCGGAAAAGAAGCAGGAGGAGGCUCCUCAGGGGCCCCCAAGGGGAAUUGUGGCUGCCAAAAGGGAAAGGCGACCGUUUGUCCCAACAGGCACCUCUGCUGAAGGUUGGCCCUUUGCUGCUUGCAGCUUCAUUUUGGUUCAGCCAAAGAUAAUCUCAGCUUGCAGGGCACAGACUCCAGGGAUGGCCGUGUUUAAACAGCAGAAGGUGGACGACCUGUAUGAAAUCGGGGAGGAGCUCGGCAGCGGGCAAUUUGCCAUUGUGAAGCGGUGCCGGGAGAAGGCCACGGGGCUGGACUAUGCAGCCAAGUUCAUCAAGAAGCGGCAGAGCCGGGCCAGUCGCCGCGGGGUCCGGCGGGAGGAGAUUGAGCGGGAGGUGAACAUCCUGCAGCAGAUUCUGCACAGCAGCAUCAUCCAGCUGCACGAGGUUUACGAGAACAAAACCGACGUGGUCCUUAUCCUCGAGCUAGUAUCUGGAGGGGAACUUUUUGAUUUCCUGGCCCAGAAAGAGUCGCUGAGUGAGGAGGAAGCCACACAGUUCAUUAAGCAGAUCCUGGACGGGGUCAACUACCUGCACACCAAGAAGAUCGCCCAUUUUGAUUUAAAGCCUGAGAAUAUUAUGCUGCUGGACAAAACCCUCCCCAUUCCUCACAUAAAGCUGAUCGAUUUUGGUCUGGCCCAUGAAAUAGAAGAUGGAGUGGAGUUUAAGAAUAUUUUUGGGACGCCAGAAUUCGUAGCUCCAGAAAUCGUCAAUUACGAGCCACUGGGACUGGCAGCUGAUCUGUGGAGCAUUGGAGUCAUCACUUAUAUAUUGCUGAGUGGUGCUUCUCCGUUCCUUGGAGAGACCAAGCAGGAGACGCUAGCUAACAUCACUGCUGUCAGCUAUGAAUUUGAUGAAGAAUUCUUCAGCCACACCAGUGAUCUGGCAAAAGAUUUUAUCCGGAAACUUCUGGUGAAAGAUACACGGAAACGACUCACAAUCCAGGAAGCGCUCAGGCACCCCUGGAUCAGGUCCAAAGAAGACUCCAAAGUCCAAGGCCACAGGAGGACCGAGCACAGGCCGCUGAAGACCAAAUGGCUGAGAGAUUACACCAUCAAAAGCCACUCCAGCAUUCCUCCAAACAACACCUAUGCCACCUUUGAACGCUUUGCCCAUGUGGUAGAGGAGAUCUCUGGCAUGGAGAAGAGCGUCGGCAUCCUGGCAGCCUCCCACGACUCCUUGCAAGGGGACAUUGAUGCGCUGGUCUCCAUCUACAACGAGAAGGAAGCUUGGUACAAGGAGGAGCAUGAAAGCGUGAAGCAUGAGCUUUCCCAGCUGAAGUACGAAUAUCGCAAGAUUGACUCUCUGAAGAAGCACCUGAAGGACGACAUCCAGACAGUGGGUGCCAACCUUGCUGGGGUCGCGGAGAGAUACAUGGGCCGGCAGUCGCACUACGAACGGCUGAGCAAGGAGCUGUCGGAAGAACUCCAGUGGAUCCAAGACUUAACGGGCAGCUUCUGGUCCGAGGGCUGCGAUGAAAGCUAUGCCCCAGCCAGCUUCGGCUGUGUCUUCCAGAAGGACCUCAAUGAGCUGCUGAACAGGUCCUGCUACGAAGAAUUCCUGGCGGCCUUAAACUUGGGCAUGACAAAAUCCAGUCAGUGAUGCUGCUGAAAACAGAGAUAUUUAUGCUGCUGCUUCAGUCCGAAUCAGUGAGGAAUUGCUUGGAUGGGAGCCUGCGUGCUGAACUCACACGAUUAGGUUUAUUUUUGAACAAUGUUAUUUGACGGUUGAGUCCCAAUUUCUAAUAAGGCUCUGCAUCUUUUUUUUCAAAGCUUGCCCUAUUUUUAUCCUUUGGGAGUUGACCUGAGCUUACCCUCGCCACUGAAGGCCUCCUCAAGGCUCGACUGUAGUUCAGCAUCCUUAAAAGCUUUUUAUUUAUUGCUGAGUUGCUGCUGUAAAUAAAUAGCCAUUGAUUUUCUUUUGUUUUGAAAGUCUGUAUGAAAGUAUUUUUUAAUAACGGAGCCAGAUGUGAAGUCUCUUGGGCUCUGCAAAGUGCUCUCUGCAGGCUUUCUGGCUGAAAGUCAAUCUUGCAAAUACCUUGGAGAAUAAACGGAGGAUUCAGAAUAAAUUUGCACACAUCCCUGUCACCUCACACCUGCUGCUGCGUAAGGCAGGACCUUCAGCCUGGAUUUUUAUCUCAUUCCAAACAAACAAACUGCUUCCUCUCAAUUAAGACAUGAGAUCUCUCUGUAAUGGGGGAACUAAUUUUUGUAUACAGAUAAUUGGAAAAUGAACGAGGGAGCGACAUGGAAGACACGCUAUCUGGCUUGCUGUUCUGCUCAUCUCCUUCAGAGAGCUUACAUUCUGCCACCUCUGUAACUAAUCUCAGAGAACGAGACUCAAUAAAUAUUUGUUUAGUGCAAUGUGCUUUCUAGACAGAGCUUGUGUUCAGAUGACCUGAAGAUGAUCUUGCUCCUUCUGGCAAAUUCUGCUUGGUCCUAGGCGAGGGGCCUUCCUCACUCAGAAAUUAUUCCCUCUCAGGUCGGCUGUAGUAGACUCUAAAGGCUUAAGAGCUGCUCAAUGAAGGGUGAAAAGGAAGGGGAGGGAAGUUUUAGCAGAAAAUGGAGGAACUGAAGCUGAAAUAAGCGGGUGUGGGGGGCACUUAGACACCAGCUGCUUGGUGGGCCCUCGUCUUCUCAAGCCCAGGAAAGCUACGGAAGGAAGCUCAGUUGUAGUUGAGACUGAGCCUCCUCAACCUUCAACCCAGGCAAAUGUCUCCCUGUGCCUGAAGCUUUCAACUUAGUGCUGUACUACUUCUUAACAUUUAUACCCCAUCCAAAGUCUUAUGGAGUUGGGCAGCAGAUAUAGUAAAUAAAUAAAAACGCAGUAAGUAAAUAAAUUUUUGAGAGAGCAGCUUGGUCAGCUGUUUGUAGUUCUUCCUCAGGCAAGAUUUAUAUACCUGAAUAUGGGCUCAUAUUUCAGUGGCAAAACAUUUGAAUCUGUAGGGUUGUUAGGGCAGGGUGAUGGUCCUACAAUAAUUUUAUACGGGAUAUUUAGUGUAUCCAGCACAUUACAAAAACAAGGCGAUGGGUCUUACUCUAAGGAACUGGAAGACUAAAAUCUAGCACCUGCAUAGGAAGGACUAGAGAGAAAACAGGUGAACAAGGGGGCUGAGGUUAAGGAAAAAGCCAGCCUAAAUGUGAACCAGGCAAUGCCUGGCACAUUUGAGCACUGUCUCCUUGGGGGGGGGGCAGGGGAGGCUGGGCCUGACUUU